AUGCCCGAUUUCCUCCGUAGAGUGUCGGCCGACAGACGCUCCCAGCAGCCGAGACCGGAAGUUCUCCGGCCUCCCAGGCAUGUUCCCACCACUAACCAACAGGUCGUCAGAGUGUGUCCCCAGUGCAGGGAGGUCCCGCUGGGUCCCGGUCCCGUCGUGAACGGCCAGCCCACCUACCCCGUCUGCGAGGAGUGCCGCCAGACCAACAUCAGACAGCAGGUCCUCCGCGGCAUCGCUGCGGAGGCGCUCGUGGAACUCAGCCGCCGUGCUGUUGUCCACUCGCCCGGCCGCGCCGACCGAGAAGAAUCCGGGCCGGGCCGGGACCUCUCCGAAUCCCGCCCAGUCCCCAAACCCACUCAGGGGUUUCUGUGCCUGCGGUGCAAGAGACCAGGCGUGCCCUCGGCACCCGGUCGCCGGCGCUGCGUGGAGUGCAUCUGCGUCCUCGUCGCCUUCGGUCCGGACAAGGGUGGACAAACGGUAGAGGACGAGCCCGAGCACGGGAGCUGGCACACGUGCAACGGCUGCUUCAGGAACCAGGUGCCCCCCGGCGAGGGGAAAUGUCACGACUGCGUCGACCGGCUCGCCUCGGAGGCUCAGGCCUCGACUACCCUCGCGGCGGCGGCGGCCACCUGCGUCAUCUGCGAGAGCGAGCCCGCCGCCAACGAGAAAGCCUACUGCAACAACUGCGAGGUCGAGGGCUCGCGUGGCAUGGGCGCGAGCGUCAUGCUGGACACCAAGCAGUGCACCGCCUGCGGCGAGGAGGUGGACAACACGGCGGACGACGGGCUCUGCUGGGACUGCCGCAUGCCUCCUCGGAGCCCAGACGAGCGUGAUGACGAGGAAUGGCUCGAGAACGAGAUUGAAACGUGGGAAGACGGUCCUUCGCGGCAGCAGCAGCAGUCGGGCAGAGACAAGAUGUGCGGUUGUCUGAGGAACGCCGCCCGCUGGGGCCGGAUGCUGUGCAACGACUGCUAUGAGGCUCUCCGCAGCGUCGAUAGGAGGGGCUGGGCCGACUGGAAGCGGAGGAACUGGCCCAGCAAGGCGAGGCGCGUUGCUCGCAGAAGAGAGGAACAGUCGAGUUGGAGGUAG